AUGGCUUCAGUAACGUCAUUAGACAAGGAUUUGCGCAAGUUGCGCUUAGAGAGGUACACGCCCGCCGCCGCGAAGGAGGUCAGCUCUUGGAUUGAGAGCGUUCUCGGCGAGAGACUACCCAGCGGAGACUUGCUCGAGAGCCUCAAGGAUGGCGUGGCGUUGUGCAAACUCAUCAACCUUGCGGUGCCUCCGCCCGGGGUCAAAUUCAAGAAGUCCGCGAUGCCCUUCGUCCAGAUGGAGAACAUCUCACACUUCCUCCGCGCUUGCAAGCAACCGCCUCUGAACCUCCAAGAGCACGAUGUAUUCCUUACAGUCGACUUGUACGAACAAAAAGACCCGGCCCAAGUACUGCAAUGCCUCGGAGCAUUCAGCCGAGCUGCCCACACCGCGAACCCAGCCAGAUUCCCGACACCGAUUGGCGGCAAGACCCGAGGUGUGAUGAGCCCUCAGGGUACCGGACGUGGAACGCCUUCGCCUACCCGAUCUCGCGGACUGUCCAAUGCCUCCGGAUUCGGCUCCCCUCGACCCAAUCUGACAAGCUCCAAGACCGGUGACUCGGGAUCCGGUCGAUGGAGCCCGACAAAGCCGACAUCUCCGACUACCAGCUGGAGCAGGAAGGAGCAUGAGGGCGCCACAUCUCCGGCCUGGAAUAUUGCUCAGUACGGCUACAUGGGAGGCGCUAGUCAGGGCAACCUCGGAAUCUCGUUUGGAAGCCGGAGACAGAUCACUAGUGCUGGUCCCAUCGUACCCAGCCUGGCAGAGAGGGAGAAGAAGCGUAAGGAGAAGGAGGCCGAGGAGGAACGCCAACGCCAGCAAAUGGAAGACCUCAGGCGCCAGAAGCUGGAAGACGAGGAACGACAGGCACGCGAGCAAGAGGAGAGGGACAUCCAACGCCUCGUGGAAGAAAAGCAACGACGAGCGGACGAGGAGAGAAGACAAUGGGAGGAGGAGGAGCGCAUGUGGAAGCUCACGGAAGAAAAGCGACGCAAGGAAGAAGAGGAGGCCGAGCAACGCCUGGUCGAAGAGCGCACCCGCACUAGAAGCCGCAGUGAUGCUAGACUCCGCGGGCAAUUCCUGAGCCAGUACCAGGCCGAGCAGAAGGUUCAGCCGCAAAAGACUGGCGCAGAUAGAAUCGCCGAGCUGGAGGCUGAGCUUGAGAAGGCCAGAGAACGUGAGAGGCAGUACGAGCUUGAGCGUCAGGGGCGAACAGGCAGGACGUUGGCUGUCACCAAUGAUCCCAAGGCGCGGCUGAGGUCUAGGAGCCGGCCGUCCGACGGAACACCUAGCCGACAAGAUUCCUGGUCUAAGAACGAGCGUGAGGUUCUUCAGACAUCAUGGACGCAGCAUCAGGAAUCCCUACAGGAUGACGAGCCUCCGGCCCCACCUCCGAGAUCGCCCAGACCCCUGCCUGACCCCAGAGCCGUGGCAUCCCCGCCGCCGCAGAAGGUCGUGGCCCACACCACCGGCGGCCGACCUCUUCCGGACCCCGCCGCCUACAAGGCCGCGCAGCAACCUCCGCCAAGCCGAACUGACAGGUUCCUCGCUAACAACGCGGCACCCGUUCAGCCCCCUGCGAGGCAGACCUACUCCCGCGAGUUGAGCGCCACCGCUGAGCAGGACGCUGAGGACCGCAGACGCGCACAGAGCCAGACUAACACUAAGGCUGGCGGCUGGGCAUCUAAGUCACUCCUUGAGCGCGAGAUGGAGAUGGAGCGCCAGCGUCAGCGUGAGUGGGAGGAGGCACAGCAGGAGACUGCCAAGGCCGUGCCGACCGGCAAUGGCGUUGACGGCAUUGGUGGUGGCAUCGGUGGCCGCUGGGACGUGAGCCAGUGGGCUGGAUACACCGGCGGCGAUAACCAGAAUAAGGGUAGCCAGGGAAUUGGAGCUGGAAGAAGACAGAUUACCUAA